AUGAGGCGGAGAUUAACGAAAAAGUCAUCGGCGGCGACUCCAAACCGAUCACCCAGUGAAUCUCCCCCGAAGUUCAAGUUCAAUUUCAGCUGCUUCAAAAACGUUCCUACCUCCUCCGCGUCUCCAAAGAAGAAGAACAACACCAAUUCAUCUGCAGAGCCGCCUAAAAUUUCACCUGCGCCGGCACUAAGCAAAGCACCUAGCACCCUCGCUGAUCUGAAGGAAAUGACAUCCUCCAACGUCGAUUCUAUCAAGCGUCACCUGGAUUUCUCGCAUUCGGCGAUACUCAAGGACGUGGAAGCUUCUCAUUCUCGUCUGCACAAAAGAUAUAAGAUUCAAAACCAAACAUGCCAACAAACAAUGAAUGAAGCCGAGAAGGAAUUUAAGAAGAUGAAUGACCGAAUAAAAGAAACUCAUGACGCAAUGCAGGCUUCAUAUAUGGAACUGAUAGCAGAAUCACAAGCCAGCACCAAUCGUGUGUGCAAAACAACCAUUCCUGAACUUCUGCAGUCUGUGGAUAGAGCCAUUGAUGCUCUAAGGAACCGUUAUGGAAUUGCAUCGACUACAUCCUAGCUUUACCCUAACACACAAUUGCUUCUAGGAUCAAUCACAAAGUGAAGCAGACUAUCCGAAUAAAGUCUUCUUUUUGCCCAAGGUGAUGACUGAUGAAAGUUACCUUUUCUUUAGAUUGAUGAUCAUUUAGGACCAGUUCAAUCCUAAUAACAAAAUUCCUACUUAGAUCACAAAUAAUACUUUACAAAAUGAUUUAGGUAGUGGAAUUCGA